AUGGCAUCACCAUUCUCAGCCCCAUCUCGCAAAGGUGAUGCUUGGUUCUAUGUCGGCCUAACCUCUUCUUUCCCUAACAUCACCGACUCUGGUAGCACUAUUCUAUCUGAAUCCAGUUCUUGCGCAGAACAGAACUCAGCCCCUGGAUGCAAGGUCUUUCACGUGCCUGCCAGUGACAGCUCUCAGGCCCGUCAGAUUGAAGGCGACUCAAUAUUCCAUCCUGAGGGAGGUCUGCGGGAUCAAGUACUUGUGUUUAAAUACAAGAGCAAGAUCCACGCCAUCAACAACCGGUGUCCACAUUCAUCGUAUCCUCUGUCCGAGGGUACUCCGUUCGACAUCGAGGACUUUGGUAUUGCAUUGAGUACUGGGAUUACCUGUCCGAAGCACGGUUGGUCUUUUGACUUAUUCUCCGGGAGAGCAGACCGUGCCAACUAUAAGUUGGGAAUAUGGGAAGUCCAGUUACGCCCCAAUUCCGGUAUACAAAGCACAGCAGGCGGCGAGAAAGAUGGAGAUGACCAAGAGGUGUGGGUAAGGAGGAAACAGAGGAUGGGGUAG